UUCAAAGUAACAGUGAAGAAACGUACCUGUUUUCGGUAAUUCUACUUGUAAAUGAAAUGGAAAACGUCUGUACAGACAUACCGAACAUUUUGGAAAUACCCAAGGAAAAUAUUUCUGACCUCCAAGGAAUGCUGAAUGGAAUGAUUUCAGAAUACGAAUUGUCGGACAAACAAUUGGAGUUGGCGGGCGAGGUCGCUUCGGCAUUAGCUAUGCAAGGACGAUUUGAAAUAUUGGGCAAGAUGGUUAACAACAUCUGUCAACAAAAAAUGGAGAAAUUCAUGUCAAACGAGUCGUUUUUACGGGCCUUGGUAGCGCUAAAAUUUGAGCAGAAAAAAUACAAGGACGUUGUCAAUUUGUUAAAGAAGGGGCGAUUCAGCAACUACACCGGUCUCCUAGAGAUUUGGGACGAGGCUCAUUACGGAGAAAAGGAGGAAAAACUUGACCAUAAACUCAAUGCCCUCAUCAGAUUCAGAGUCCGACAAAAAAAUCCACCACCUCCGAAUAUCUGUCCUAGUGGUGAGCGACCGAGCACAAAACUAUCGGCCAAGUCAAAACAUGUGCUGAAUAGAUGGUUCCUCGACAACUUUUCCAAUCCCUACCCUUCACAGGAAACCAAGCAAUACCUCGCUCAGACGGCAGGACUAACAACCUACCAGGUUAAGACUUGGUUCGCUAAUGCAAGACGAAGACACAGAUUGUCCGGGAGACCGGGCAUCUCUGGCAGACAGAAGGAACCACUGCAGGAGUUCUUCCAGGAAUACCAUGGAAGUUUCUAUUCCAAGUUCACUAGAAACGUUCCGUCUCAUCCCACACUGGGAAACCCACAGGGCCAUUUGUCUCCGCAAUCAACCGUCCGCUAUCAGAAUGUCUCCACACCUACAUCUUAUAAUCGGUGUAAUAUGACAAAUCUACAAAAAUCUCCUGGAGAAAUGCUGCCAAAACCUACUGGAGAGUUUCCAGUGAGCGGUGUUUCUAAAGUUCCGAACACGGGAUACCUCAAUAACAACGAACCUCGCUGUUACGGAUCCUGUAUCAGGGAGCUAGCUCGCAUGUGUGAGAAACUCCAGGUCCCAAACAAUCAGACAAGUCAUGUGACCAGGGUCUCCACCUCGCAGAAUCUGCCCCAAUGGACGUCCCCUAGACCGGGGCCUUGGCAGAACCCGGACACCCCCCACCAGUGGGGCCCCAGCCAGACACCCAUGGUUAAUACGUCACCAGAUCACAUUGUACCGAUGGAGGUUCAUUACUAUGCAGCAGAGGAAACUCCUACCUACCCAGCCUUCAACAGCAUGCCACAACAAAGCCAGGCCACUCCGGGGUAUCUCCCCCUCCCCCUCCAGUCUCCAGAGGGGCAGGGCCACAGAUAUUUCCCCCAGGGUGUGCAUUACGGUUCCUACCAGACAAGCGAGAUGCCAGCUCUGGCCAAUCAACAACAAAGCAUACUGAACCCACACACUGCUGGACUGGAGGGAACAGGUCCAGGGAAUGACCCGUACACUUUGACUUUUGAACCGCAAGCUUACCAGACUCUACAUCCUCAGUCAGAGCGAGAAGUGGCCAUGGUGUUGUUAGAUCUAUCUUCGGACCGGUCAGCACAGUCCAGUCAGUCAAGCCAGUCAGCAAUGUCAUAGAUUUUAGUCAGUGUGCAGUCGACAACGUCAUAGAUUUUAGCCAGUGUCCGGUCGGCAAUAUGUCAUAGACUUUAGCCAGUGUCCUGCGGUCAGCAAUAUUAUAGAUUUUAGCCAGUGUCCAGUCAGCAAUGUCAUAGAUUUUAGCCAGUGUCCAGUCAGCAAUGUCAUAGACUUUAGCCAGUGUCCAGUCAGCAAUGUCAUAGACUUAAGCCAGUGUCCAGUCAGCAACGUCAUAGACUUAAGCCAUUGUUAUCAACAAUGUCAAGCCCGUAUGAGGAAAAAACAUUUCAUUGACAUUAAUCAUACACUUUCAUUAAGAAUAUUUCUAAUGUUGAAAUUAGAAAUAAACAAAAAAAGAUGAAAUCUCUGUAUGAUCAUCUAGAUUACAUUGUAUUUGGUUUCAUACACUUGUUGCACUUAUCUGACAAAUUUUUAAGGGGCACUUAAAAUAAAUCCUCAACCCUGGUAAACUUGGGUUGGUUUCUGAUAUGAUGCAUUGAUUUGUUUCUGUCAACACUCUUAGUAUGGGUUUUUUGCAUAUGUUUAGCAAAAGUUUUGGAAAUGUUGAACAUUUAAGGGCUAUUUACAAGAUACAACCCUGAUAUUUUUACAGUGAAAUGAUAAAAUUUGUAAAUUAUACCAAUAAGGAUAAAUGCUACCUUAUUGUGACAUUGUAAUCUCCUUUCAAAAAGAGAAAGAGUUCGACUUUCAGAAAAUGUAAAAUAUCUUUCAUGGGUGGUAACUAAUCUGUGUAUUGAUGACUCUUUGGUAACUCUUAAUAAUAAGAAACUGUUUAUGAUUAAUUUGUUAAGGGAGAUAACUCAAAAUUACAAGUAAGGUAGCAAACAUUUAAAGUUAAACUUUGUGAUAUGUUAAUGUAUCAUUUAAUAGUAAAAUUUAAAAUCAAAUUUGACAAUUUUAAAUUAUUGUCAUGGAUUGGUGUACCAAUUUGUACACAUCAUAAUGAGAAGAGUAUUUUUAUGUUUAUAUAUUUUUACAGGAAAAAUAAAAAUGUGUAGUCUUCAGAGUUACAUAAAACCUUUAAUGAUUGCAGAAGGAAUCAGGAAUCCAUAUUGUUUUUAUUUGGACUUCAAAAAAGCAUAUAUUUUGGAGGAAAUUUAUUGCAUGUCCAAAGCUACAUAAACAUUGUUUAUA